ACGGAGACAAAAUUACCCAACAAAUUAAACACGGGGACCAAUUUCCUCAUUUCUUUCACCUCAGCAAUUAUGACUACGUUGAUUUUGGUGCUUUGGAUCUACCUCAACCGGCAGUUGAGGGAAUUGAAGAUCUCGGCAAUUCUGAUGAUGAUGACGAAGGAUCCUCUGAGGCGGACUACUUGCCACAAAAAAUCGCUGGAGAAAGACAGCAAAAAUUAAAAAAUGCAAAGCGAAAACGAAAACUCCUCGACAAGACAUCUUCUCCAACUUUCUCCCACAACGUUUCCUCACAAGACGACGACCAGCAUGAGAAUCACGACCCAAUUUACAUCGCGGACCAGGAAUCCUUGGAAAUUGGACCUCACUCCGUUAAAAUGGAACAGGAGGAUUCUGAAGAAGAAGUAGAAAUUUAUCCGUAUUCUUCCGACUUUGUUAUAAUCCCAUCCGACGAGAAUAACGGUCUUCAGCCGGAAGUUGGAGAACGCCUGACUUCAUUACAGACAACCCACGCGCUGAUCCGCCCGCCCCCUCCACAACAAAACCACCCACAACCUCAUCUUCGUAAGACUGGAAAAGGAGCUAAAGCCCGAGACCCUGUGUGGGCAUAUUUUCAAAAUGUCAACGAGACCACCCGCACCUGGAAGUGUAAACUGUGUGGAAAGGAAUUUAAACACGCGAAACCUGACCGUCUCAGAGGCCACAUACAAAAUAAAUGCGUCAAAAAAGGAAGAGGGAAACAAUACGGAAAUUCUUCUGACGGAGAAGAAACUCCGAUCCAACACUCUUAAAAAAUGCACUCUGAAUUCUAAAUUAAAUUCGUAUAUGUACCCUACUUAAUAUGGAAUUCAGAGUGCAUUUACUUUGAAUGAAAAGGAUAGCAUUAUUUUUAAGAGUGAAUGUAUGAAUUAUUUAUUCCCCUGUUUAUUUACAACUGAAUCUUGUUUUGGUGUUAGCCGUUAUUCUGAAAUAAAAGUGUGUGUUAAAGAAAAAAUACUUCAAUAUUUUUAGAAGUGCGGGUCGGUAUUCGGUAUAAUUAAUUCAAUUCUUAUUAAAACAAGAAUUUCAAACAGGAAUGGAAUAAAAGUUCAAUAUGAGAA